AUGUCAAACCGGUAAGUAGCACACUUGCGUGGGGCGAAGACGCGACGCGUCUCCCGCACGUGAUUGUUUGUCGGCACGAGGCGCGUCGCAACGUGACGUGACGUGAUGCUGACGACCAGGUCCAUGCACCACAUCAUUCAGCACACGGCCCAUCAUCAAACGCCAGUAUGGUUCUUCCAACAAGUCCUCGAGACCCGACAUGCCCUCGUGAGUCCGCUGCACGUCAUAGUAUCGUGUACUCGAACUCCCACUGACCGCCCCUCGGCUUACGCAGAUCCUCGGGCGUCGCCUCGUCCUCGUCACCUUCUUCGUCCUCGGCCGUGUUCAAUCAUUCGGUCAAGCGCGCUCGAUCAGGACUGAUGACAUCUGAUAACGAGGAUGAUGGACCAUCGGUUGUUUCGACACCUCCAUCUUCAUCCUCGCCCGUCAAACCGUUAGACAAGGCCCAAACGAGGAGGUCCCCUCGAGCGAACGACGUCGCCCACCGUUUGUUCAAGGAGAAUGCUUCGCCCGUCCAGGCUCUGACCUCAACGAUGAAGAGUGUGCCAGCACCCAGAUCGAAACCGUCAGGGGACCUGCGUUCGUUCUUCGUCAAGCUUUCGCCGAAACGAGUAAAGUUGUCGGAACCGACGCCGACUUUGCUCUCUACAAAAGCUGGCCCGUCCAAGUCUGCGACAAAGCGAGCCCACGGGUCGCUGUUCGGUAUCAUCCGUCCGACCGAGGCAUCGAAUGAGACUUCGAAGGAGAUUGAACAAUCAACGUCUACGUUAGCUUCGUUACCAUCAUCGAGUUUGAGCCCUGAGGCUGCUCCUUCGAGCUUGAAGGCUCUCUCGUCGAAUGCCUCGUCGUCGUCAUCGAACAAACCCAAGACCGAGUUGGAGCAGUUGUAUCUCGAUCCAUUCACUACCGCCGGUCACUCGACCCUCUCCUGCGCUGAGUGUGGAUUGUCCUACGCCCGUACCCCCGACGACAUGGCCUUGCACGAGAAGCACCACAAGAAGGUCGUCGGAGGCGUCGACUGGGUCGCGGCGUCUUGCCAUGUUCCUCUUCUCCUCAAUGGUAUCAUGAUCAUCUUGGACCACGAUACCGAGUUCACAUGUGCGAUGAUCGAUCCCGCAUCCGUCAAGUCGACCAAACCGGCGGGGAAGAAGAUCAGAGAAAUCCUCGCUACGAUCGAUGCUGAGCUAGGCGCAACUGCUUUGACGCCCAAGCAGUUGCGCCAGGAUUGUAAGCUCGUAUUUGUGACUACUGCGGAGGGGAACUCGAAGCACAAGAACAAGGUCGUUGCGGCGUGUUUGGUGCAGAGGAUCAAGAAGGCGCAUCAGAUUGUGGUUCCGGAGGGCGAGGAUCAGGGUCGAGCACCGGUUAAGGAUGGGAGGAGGACGAUCGAGUUCUCCGCGGGGGAUGAUCAGGGCGGUGCCGUCUUUUGCGAGUAAGCAUUAUCCUGAUUAAUUCAGCAGCUGUGGCAGAGCUAUCACUGACCCCCCUUUCAUUUCCACAUAGCCCCAAUCCCGUCCCUACAUUACUAGGCAUUCACCGCAUCUGGACUUGCUCGACCUAUCGCCGCAAAGGCCUCGGUACCAAGAUGCUCGACCUCAUCGCAGCCCGAUGCAUCUACGGUGCGCCCAUCUCGCAAGAACGGAGGAGGCUUGAUGUUGCUUUCAGUCAGCCAACGGGGAAGGGGCAUGCUUUGGCGGCGAGGUGGACGGGGACAAAGGCUUUUAGGGUUUUCGUGGAGUAG